CCAGCUUCGUAUGCCCGCUCUAUUCACCUUCCACAACUCGCUACCUCUUCCGCCGAUUUUAUAACUUUCUGGCUCGCUCUCAACCUGACACAUCCACCACAUAUAUCACAUCAUGGCUUCAGGAUAUGAUCGAGCUCUUUCGGUCUUCAGCCCUGACGGCCACGUCUUCCAAGUCGAGUAUGCUCUCGAAGCUGUCAAAAGAGGAACCUGUGCGGUGGGAGUGAAGGGCAAAGACAUCGUCGUGCUGGGAUGCGAGAAAAGGUCCGCCAUGAAGCUGCAAGACACUAGGAUUACACCCUCAAAAAUCUGCCUGGUCGACACCCACGUUGCGCUCGCCUUCGCCGGUCUCAACGCAGAUGCACGAAUCCUCGUCGACAAGGCGCGGUUAGAAGCGCAGUCCCACCGAUUGACCGUCGAAGAUCCAGUGUCGAUCGAAUACAUCACGAAGUACGUCGCAGGUGUGCAACAGAGAUAUACCCAGAGCGGUGGUGUUCGGCCAUUCGGGAUCAGUACGCUCAUCGUCGGCUUCGACCCGAACGACAAGACCCCGCGCCUGUACCAGACGGAGCCUUCAGGCAUUUACUCGGCAUGGAAGGCAAAUGCUAUCGGACGAUCGAGCAAGACAGUGCGGGAGUUCCUGGAGCGGAAUCACAAGGGUGACAUGGACAGGGAGGAGACCAUUAAGCUGACCGUGAAGUCGCUUCUGGAGGUUGUACAAACGGGAGCGAAGAAUAUCGAGAUCGCGGUCAUGGCACCAGGCAAGCCGCUGGAGAUGCUGCCAGUCGAGGAUAUCGAGAAGUACGUUGAGAGUAUCAACACGGAGAAGCAAGAGGAGGCAGCUAGCAGGAGACCAGGCCGCACGCCAGGCACCGGCACUGCCGCAAUCCUCACUCGUCCGGCUGGGGAUGCACCUUCAGGCUCGUAGUUCGCGAUGAUGCAGUAGGUAGUAGGACCUGCAUAACUAGCAUUGGCGUCCGGAUCAAUAGAGCCUUCUUGGGUCUGUACUGUAUCAAAAGAGUCUCUUGCUUUCCAAUACUUGAGCGGAAGUACGAAUUCACAGCUUCACAUGGCGUCAAUUAAGCUACUUGGACUUGUCCUGCCGUUGCUCUCGGCCACUCAGCUGGCUUCGGGUUCUUCAUGCUUUUAAACAUGGCCACAAGCCGUUCCUUCGUAUGACAUCUGUGUAUGCCUCCUCCAUACGGCGACGCCGCAGCAACGCUUAAUUAUCCUAAACAACCUCACUAAGGUUGUCCGUGAAAGUCAUUCAGCC